CAUUUGUUUGGCCACUCCUCUUUAUGUGAUUGCUCACCUGAGACUUCCUGCAAAUUCCCCAAAAACUAACAUAUGCCACUGUGGAAAGAUGUGUCACCACUAUGUAAACUUUCUUAAAAACUGAGGACUUAGUGUUGUGUUUUACUGUUGUCUUGCAGGGCUCCAGUUACUUGAUAUUCUGCCCAAGUUAAGUGUCCCCACCAGUGAUCUGUAUGUGGGUGGUGUGCAGGGAGCAGGAGGAUGAAGACUUGAUUAUUCAAUGUGAAGCUUUCGAAGAGGCAAUGGCUGAAGAUGAGGAGGAGCUGCUGCGGAUGUACGGGGGCAUCGACAUGAGUGAUCACCUCGAGGUUUUCACCACACUCUUUAACAAGGUGAGCAGCUCUCCAGCCUCCCUGCAGCUGCUGUCCAUCCUGCAGACAUUGCUGGUGCUGGGGCCGGGCCGCUCUGACAUCUGGCUGGCUCUGGAGGCCAUCACUAACAGAGCCAUACUGCUGGCCCAGGACUCUCAGAUGGAGUCCUGUGAGAAGAUCCUGCAGCGGCUCAUGUUCUCCAAGGGCCAGAGCUGUGGAGGUCACCACGAGGUGGACGGGCAGCUGCUGAGGGUGGAUAAGGCCGUGCAGACUGAUCUGGACUGGGACAAAGACAAAAGCGUCACAUCCUCUCUGAAGCCACAGUAUGCCUCUCCUCCACCUCCCCCUCCGCCCCCCCCUCCUCCUCCUCCUCCUCUCCCCCCUAGUAUGACUUCUCAUCAGUGCCCACCUCCACCUCCACCCCCUCCUCCUCCACCUCUUCCUGGAGGGUUUGGUGUACCCCCACCACCUCCUCCUUUGCCAGGAGUUCCGCCGCCACCGCCACCGCCACUGCCCGGCGGUCCUGGCAUGGCCCCACCACCGCCACCCCUACCAGGGAUUAGUACCGGACCUCCACCGCCACCUCCCUUACCUGGCAUGCCCCCUCCACCUCCUCCUCCUCCAGGCAUGAUAGUGGCUCAGAGUAGCCAGGUCUUGGGGUGCGCUGCCCCUAUGAAAACGUACCGAUGCCCCACCCUGAGGAUGAAGAAGCUGAAUUGGCAGAAACUCCGCGCUGUUACUGAUGGUCACUCCAUGUGGGCCUCGGUUCAGAAAGAGCCUCCUCCUCGCGAGCCGGACUACAGCAGUAUCGAGCAGCUGUUCUGUCUCCCGGUGACCGAGCACAAAGACAAGGGGGCAGCUGCUCCUGUCAAGAAGGAGCCUAAAGAGAUUACAUUCAUUGAUCCAAAGAAAAACUUGAAUUUGAACAUAUUUCUAAAGCAGUUCAGAUGCACAAAUGAGGACUUUGUAGCCAUGAUUCAAAGUGGGGACCGCAGUCGGUUUGAUGUCGAGGUUCUGAAGCAGCUUCUUAAGCUCCUGCCAGAGAAGCACGAGAUUGAAAAUUUGAAGUCUUUCCAAGGAGAAAAAGACAAGUUGGCAAACGUUGACCGCUUCUACACCUCCCUUCUCACCGUACCAUGUUAUCAGUUGAGGAUCGAGUGCAUGUUGCUGUGUGAGGAGACUUCAUCAGUGUUGGAUAUGCUCAAACCCAAAGUCAAGCUGGUGGAGGAGGCCUGCCAGUCUCUCAGAAGCAGCUCGCUCAUGCCCAGUUUCUGCAGGCUCAUCCUUGACGUUGGAAACUUUCUCAACUAUGGAAGUCACACAGGGAACGCAGAGGGGUUCAAGAUCAGCUCGUUGCUCAAGCUCGCGGAGACCAAGGCCAACAAGAGCCGCAUUACGCUGCUUCACCACAUCCUGGAGGAAGCAGAGGCGAACCACCCGGAGCUGUUGGCACUGCCAGAUGAUAUAGAGAUCUGUGAAAAAGCAGCGGGAGUUAAUGUGGACUCUGUUCAAUCAGAAGCCAGUGCCUUACUGAAACGAUUGAAUGAGACGGCCAAGAAGGUCUCCAACUCUGUGGAAGAGAUGAAAGACCAGUAUGCAAAAGUUCUUGAGGAAAGUCGCGAGGCAUGUCAGGCUUUAAGUGAAAGGCUCACUGUGGUUGAGAAGAAGAAGAGUGAACUGGCUGUCUACUUAUGUGAAGAUGCAAACCAGCUGUCGCUUGAGGAACUCUUCGGAACCAUCAGGACUUUCCGAGGACUUUUCAUCAAGUCACUGAAGGAAAACAAAACCAGAAGAGAGCAGGCAGCCAAGGCUGAGAAGAGGAAGAAGCAGUUGGCAGAGGAGGAGUCCAAGAGACAGAAGGGAGAGAAUGGAAAAAUCAUCAAGAAAGGUUUUGUGCCGCAGAACGAUGGCUGCAUCAUCGACCACCUCCUGGCGGAUAUAAGGAAAGGUUUCAGCCUCAGAAAGACCAGGCCAAGGUGCGAUUCGGAAAGCCUCCCUUCUAGUGAAAUGCAUAGGGAUACCUGCCCAUCCGGGUCAAAUGUGAAGCCUGCAGACGAAGGAGCCGCAGGAUUAGCCACAUCCGUGCCCAACAAACCUCAGAUAGAGGGUCACCAGGCAUGCACAGGAGAAAUGAACGGCUUCAUCAGCCCGUCCGAAGAGACUCUGCCAGCACCUCAGGGUGCGGGUCAAGACGGACCAGCUGCAGCUCCCAAGGAACCCCCAAGAGAAGCAGCAAUGGCAGUGCAGGCACCCUUGGAAAGACCAACGUCGCUGCAGGCGGAGCAACACCCACAGAAACCUGCAGGAUCAACGCUCCUGAAUAUGACUCAGCCUCAGGUUGAAGCAGAGCAUCAGACAUGUCUCCCCACAAAUGGCUGUUCGUUGGAUUCCACUGAGACCAGCGUCUUCAGCCCAUCUUCCCUCUCUGAUUCUGACCUGCUGGAGGCCGUGUUAGAUUACACCCCCAUCCUGGCAUCUGAGAAACUGUCGCCAAAAGAGCCAGCGGACAUUAGCGUCAAUGUUCAGAUAAAGGAAAGCCCUUUACCUAAUACAGACAAUGUGACACAGAGUAGUAAAAGCAAUAAAAAAGGAGAUGGGAAAGGUGAAACUAGUGAUAAAAUAAGCCAUUUAGCAGAGGAAGUUGGAAGAGAAGAGCGGAAAUGCAUUAUUGUUAAAACGUCCGUGACUACAGUCAGUGAGGGCAUCAGGGGCUGCGACGUGCCAGAUGGACCGGAAUCAGAAGAUCUGCCAUCGGUGUCCGAAGCCGAGCCUCAAUCCCUUAAGCCCGAACCAAAGAAACAGCAGAGCCUCUUUAAACGAAGCAAAAAGAAGAGUAAUCAAGGUAAUCUCUACAUUAACCUAAAUAAAGAUAUUUGGAAUGCUAGUCUCUUGACGUGCCUGAAAAGGGAAUCCUUAUUUAUUUUGUUUUUAUUGCAUUUAACAUUUUAUAUUUUAUAUAUGGGCUAUUUUAGUGUAUCUUAAGCAUUUGUGCAUGCAUGGAAUUAUUGCAUGCAUGCAUUUUUAUUAAAGAGUAUGGAUGCAGUGUGCAGAGCUUGAUUUUUGCAGAUUUCAAUAUUGAAUAGAUUUGAAUCUAUGGACAGUUUGUUUGAAUGCCCUGUUCUCCAUUUUGACUCUCUGAAACACAAGGUAACAGUGGGAAAGGACACACUAAACAUAAAAAAGGCUGUGUGUUGCAGUGAGGUAGGUCAAAUCGAUGGGAUGGCAAACUGUAAGCAGGAAAAUCAUCCUAAUGAGCUCAAUCACCGUCGAAGCUUUGUCCCAAAUAACACUUCAUCUGUGGGUCUAACUGGAAUCUGGAUGUCAUUUGUCUCUGUUGUCCAGCUUUUAACACUCGCUCUCUAACAGUUAUCAGGCCAAAAUCUUAAACAUUCUUGAAGUGAUUCUUCUGUGCAUUAAAUCUGGGGGAAACUAACCAUGAAAACACAACAAUUAAUCCUCUUAAAUAUUAUCACAGCUUUGUGAUCUCAAACAGCCUUGCAGCUUUGUGACGUCAUUGUGAAGUCAUCGUGGACCGAGUUAUCUCAUAAAAGCCGCCACUUUUGUGUCUCUCCUUCCAUAUUUUCUUGUCCAUUCCCCUCAAAUCUGCAACGGGACUAUUCAGCCUACUAACGCAGUCUCGUGUGCUUCCUGUAAACUGUGCUUUGUGUUAGUCUGAUGAAAGAUGCUGUAUGUGAUGCAUUAAAAAUGUUUUUACCACUUUUUAAAAAAAUAAGAUUUUAAAGCUGAUUUAGUCAUGUCUGUAAGCCAAUCAUGAAUAAAUAUAUCCAGCUGUAAAUAUGAUUUUAUUAAAGUAUUUUAUUUGGAUAUAUUUUUGAUUCUAUGUAUUCAUUUGAGUCUUUGUUUCUGUAGGUGACUCGAGAAAAAGGAAAUCAAGAGGAAAGAGAAAAUGUUAAGGAGUUGUGCACUGGAAGGACUACAGUAUGUUUUAUUGUGAGACUACACGAUGAGCUUUGACUGCUUGGAGAAGGUGCGGAAGUCUUCCUUUUGCAACGAUUUGUUUUCCACGACCGAGAAAAGUAAAGUCAUCGAAAGGCCAAUAUGUCACUUUAUGUAAAUUUGUUUUUGUGUAUAUGAGUGGUUUUCAUUCAGAACUAUUCUAAAAAAGAAAGUUGAAUAUGCUUUAUAUGUUUUGUAUAACUGUUGUGACAUGCAGUGAAUGUGUUCUUUGCUGUAUUCUCUAUUUACCUUUCAGCACCUAUAGACAGAAAGAUGCAGUGUUGUUGGUGCAUAUUUAAUUUAUCAAAACAGCUUGAAAAUCAUGUCUUAAUUUCUUUAUAUAUUAUCCAGAUUAGCUCUUUAUGAAGUAUGAGGAAAGCAUUUAAUGGAUUGUAACUUUUAAUGUUAGAUAUAUUUUAAUAAAAGUGAAUUUACUGUU